GUUAAUGACGGAGUGUGAGGACUCGAGGAAAAUGGAUUGGUGCAGUCCGAGGAUUCAAAAGCAGGUCACGUGCUCUCGCGUAUCCCUCCCCUCCUGUUGAUACCGCAGUCGCGUACGACACCGUCCUCAUCACGACACACGUAUUAUAGCCCACCUCUACAUUAAAGGACUUGCUCAAUCUCAUGGCUUCAUUUUGCUAUGGCACCCCUUGUUAUCGCCGACUCAGAUGACGAGGAUGACCUCGUGUAUGCGCCUGAAACACAUAGCUCGCCUCAACAAUCAAAUUACGAUGACGAGGUGCUCUCAUCAGGCUAUGUAAGCCUCAUGGGCCCAGUGGAAACAUCAGACUCGCGCAAUACCUCGGAUCGGCGCGACAAUACGGUGCAGCCUGGUCAGCGAAACGUCUCCAGGUACUCUCCCAUGUCAACCGAUCCGCUUCAUGCGCAAACGAGCAUUGAUGGAAAUGCUUGCCACAUCCAACAACCCCCCAGACCACAUGGCACGACCAUCGCUACUCCCCAUGGAUGGGGCGGCGAUUCACUGCAGAUUUCUAGCAGCCCGUCUGGGGUCAACGGAUCAACUGAGCUUGAUGAAGGCGACAGAGCAAAGAAGAGGAGAAAGGUCGAUGUACUACCUUCUUUCGCCGACGCUGACGAAUUGAGCCUCGUGGAACUGCCCGGGAAAGGGAAUUUCGACAAAAGGACACAGAUGCAUGCAUCGCUCGCCAUGCCGCCCCCAACGCUGCCCGAUGUCCAGACCAGUCUGAUGGCCGAGCAAGCUAGACUGUACGGCAAUGAGAAGAAAAGCGAUUCGUCGGGGACAAAUCCUGCAACCGAUCAUCUUAGCCAGGAUCAGGGGCCCCAGGUUGCGCCAUGUGCCCUGAUACGAUCAAGCGGCUCUGCUACGAACAUCAACACACAGAGAAGUGAGAUGCCAUUCCCACUGAGUUUUGAAAUACCUUUCCCGCCGAGCAUGCCAUCACCGGCUCCGUCUCAGCAUCUUGGAACAGAGCCAGCCGGAACGAGCAGGGGUACGAGGGGCGAUCUGGACGCUUCCCCCGAGAAGAGCCCAAAGAAGAGCUCAAGCGUUGAGCACUGUCCAUCUGCUUUGGCAGAGGAACGCAACUCGCAGGUUGAUCCUGAUGAGACAAACACCAUUCAGAAACCACCCAGCCAAGUUGAAGCCCUACCAUUAGUGUGCGAGGACCAGGCAAUGCUGAGUAACGCUGCCCCCGUCAUCAAUGAUGGCUCAGAAGAUGAGUUUGUGGAACAACCAACUAGGCCGAAGAAGCAGCGUGGUCGGCCAAGAAAAGCUGCAGCUCCUGAUGUAUCACGGGCGGGAGCUGGAGCUGGAGCUGCCACGGCCACGAAUGCCGCCGAUCCGCCCCAGGCAGCAAGUGGCAAGAAGGCAACAAAAUCAAAGAAGAAAAGAGGCAGGCCGAAGAAAGCGGAUCGACAGGACACUGAGGCAGAGCAAGCUGCAGCGGAUGUUCCCGCCAUUGGUGAACCUGCUUCAGAACUCAACGCAGCAUUGAAACCCGACUUUGAGCACCACACUGCAACUGAGCACGUGGAUGGGGGCAUGGUGGCUCCGGCAAGUCUCGACGUACAGGGCACUACCAAAGAAGCUGUCGCACCGCGCAAUGCCCCGGUGGAUGAAGAUACAGACAUAAAAGACAAAAGCCUCUUAGAUGCCGAGGUCAAACGCAUGACACCUCAAAAACAGGAGACACCCCAGGAGAAGAAAGAGGCUGCCAGAGCGAAGCCAUUGCCUGGUCCCCAGAGCACCGGGAAACCGAUCUACAGAGUUGGGCUGAGCAAGCGGUCAAGGAUAGCUCCUCUGUUGAAAAUCGUGCGAAAGGAGUGAAUGCAAAUGCUUCUUUUUGCGUACGCGGAUAGAUGGAGUGGCUUUCAAGGUCGCGGGUGUCCGACACUGGCACGUUAUGCUCAUCAAGAUCUUGCAUCGUGUCGCUAACACGCAGCAAUUCCUGUUGUUCUGCACAAACGGGCUGACAGUCUUUGUGGGCGGGUACUCACACGCGAAGCAGCAGUGCCAG